UCGGGGAUUGAAGCUGUGUCUCCUGCAUUGGCAGGCGGAUUCUUUAGCACUGAGCCACCAGGGAAGCCCGCUCGAGAUUCUGAUGAAUGUUGAAUGUGUGGACCCUGGAACGACUAAAUUAACAAACAGAGAGACGAGUGUAAACAAGAAUGGCUCACUUGACAGACUAAAGGAACCUUGGAGAGGGUGGGAUCCAAAGAGAGGGAAGAGCAGGAGAAGAUCUGAAAGAGGAAAUUGUAUCUAUACUUACCAGAGCUCUUAAUCAGUCUGUCCUGCGCUGAGGACGGAGGCCACAGAGGACAGCCUGGCAGCUUGGAGCUGCCGCCAGCCUGGAGAAAGGCCGGCCCAGUCAGAGCUGCGUGUGAACCUCGUAGCAAAGGAGGCUCAGGAGCUGCAGUCAGGAGAGUCGGCAGCUGCCUCUGCAGGAAAGGAAAGAGAUGCCCUGGAAACUGACACCACUUCUGCUGUUUCUGGGUUGGAUGACCUCUGUGUGCAAUGCCCGGACCCGGACAGACCUGCUCAACGUCUGCAUGGAUGCCAAGCACCACAAGGCAGAACCCGGCCCUGAGGACAAGCUACACAACCAGUGCACCCCCUGGAAGAAGAACGCCUGCUGCUCUGCCAGAGUCAGUCAGGAGCUGCACAAGGACACCUCCUCCCUGUAUAACUUUACCUGGGACCACUGUGGCAAGAUGGAACCCGCCUGCCAGCGCCACUUCAUUCAGGACAACUGUUUGUACGAGUGCUCACCCAAUCUGGGGCCCUGGAUCCAGGAGGUGAACCAGAAGUGGCGCAAAGAACGGUUCCUGAAUGUGCCCCUGUGCAAAGAGGACUGUCAGAGCUGGUGGGAAGACUGCCGCACCUCCCACACCUGCAAGAGCAACUGGCACAGGGGCUGGGACUGGACCUCAGGAUCGAAUAAGUGUCCAAAUGGGACCACCUGCCGCACAUUUGAGGCCUACUUCCCCACACCUGCAGCCCUGUGUGAGGGCCUCUGGAGUCACUCCUACAAGCUCAGCAACUACAGCCGGGGCAGCGGCCGCUGCAUUCAGAUGUGGUUCGACCCUGCCCUGGGCAACCCCAACGAGGAGGUGGCGAGAUUCUAUGCCUUGGCCUUGACUGCUGAGGCCUGGCCCCAGGGAAUUAGACCUCUCUCUCUCUGCCUGGCCCUGAUGCUGUCACUCUGGCUCCAUGACUGAGUCCAGCCUGUCCCCAGGUUUGAUGACCAGGCUGGGCUCAGUUCAGCUCCCACAAAUGAGGGAGCCAUCAGCACACUUCCAUUCAUUAUCCAUCCCUUUGUCAUCCAGUUCCUGCUCCAGGGUGGGGCUUGGGGUUUCUCUGACAGCCAGUUCUAAUAAAUAGACCAACACCUCUGAGUCUGAUGAAUUAUUUUGGUUCUGAGUUUGUGUGUGGUAGAGGGCAGAUUCCAUAGUUUUU